AUGCAGGCUCCGAGUCCCGAACCUGACCUCAUCCUGCCUCUUCUUUUUAUCUGCCUCGUCCUAGUGUGUAUACUUUGCACUAGUUGCUUGAUCCUCGUCAUCGUUGUGAUCAGACUCACCAUUCACGCCCAGCGAAGUCUACCAAUCGAAGCUAGGGAGCAGAAAGACAUUACGAAGGGAAAGGUGAAGGAGAAGGUCAAAGAGGAGGUCGAAAAAAGUAUAAAGAAGCUGACUGACCCCGUCCAAGACCUCCUUCAUUCAGCACAAGAUCAUCUCAAGCUUCCCAAGAACCCUUUCACACAGCAACCAAUCUCUCAAUACUUCCAUUCGGAUCCUCCCUCAGCCAAUAUGUCUCAUAUCCAGAACAUGGUCGCUGUUGCUCAGAAUGACGGCAACACCAUUCUGUUCCAGGUCAACAAGAACUACGAGAUCAUCUUCUAUGAGAGUCGCACCCCCAGUGAAAGAAUCCCCAGGAAGAAGUAUGACAUGAACACCCUCAAGAUCAAGGGAAAGUCAAUCAAGGUCAACCCAAAGCUGCCCAUUAUCUCGGCUGUCGCAUUCACUCACCCCGAGAACUGCGGUGGCAGAGCUCAGGUCCGAGUCUACUACGUCGACAGAGACAGCCUUUUCCUCCGUGAGAUCACCCGUGUUGGUGACAAGGAUGAGGAUUGGAACGAUGGCAUGGAUUUCAAUGACAAGGACUACACUAUCUGUGAAGUGAGCGGUCUGGCUGCCAACGUUUUCCAGUCGACUGGUGAUAAGAAGAGCUUCCAGAUCAAGGUUUACUAUCAGCGGGACGGCGCGGACGAGUUUGCGGAUGUUUCCUACAACGUUGUGGGGGUUACUGAUGAGUGGAGCACUCGACCCAACGUCACUGAAGCCUAA